UUUUCGUCAACGGGACCCUAGAGGAGCCAGCCAGGAAGCCACUAAUACAGCACAGCAGGUAAUGGUUGUAGGAUGUCUGAACCAAGGCAGCGCUCUCUGUCCACCUCGGGAGAGUCUCUGUAUCAAGUUCUGGGGCUAGAGAAAGGCUGUAACCAUGAUGACAUCAAGAAGUCCUACAGAAAAUUAGCUCUGAGAUACCACCCGGACAAGAACCCUGACAACCCAGAGACGGCAGAUAAAUUCAAGGAGCUCAACAGCGCUAAUUCCAUUCUGUCAGACAUCACAAAGAGAAACAUCUAUGACAGCUACGGCUCCCUUGGCCUUUACGUUGCCCAGCAGUUUGGAGAGGAGAAUGUCAACACCUACUUCAUGCUCUCUACCUGGUGGGCUAAGGGUCUCUUUGCCCUGUGUGGCGUGAUAACGGGGUGCUACUGCUGCUGCUGCCUGUGCUGCUGCUGUAACUGCUGCUGUGGGAAGCUAAAGCCCAUGCACCCUGGAGAGGGAACAGAUAGCUAUGUCUCCCCUGAAGACCUGGAGGAGGAGAUCCAGCACAACAUGGAAACUGAUGUGGACACUCCAGUUGUGCACCAGCCAACUGAUGCCAGUGAGAAGACACAGUUGAUCGGGGAUGGGUACCGAAGCUACACCUGAACUUGGACGUCUACAAACAGGAGAGGCACUAGACUACUUAAACACUACACAGCCCAUUUCUAUGUCAAUGUCUGUUCCCACACAAACCCCAUUACAUUCUCUGGAAAUCAGUGCUUUUUUUUUUCUUCUCUCACUUUUCUUGAUUUCAGUUUUUUGGUUUUCAUUGGAUGUAGCUGAUGUCAUUGUUCCCCUGCAAAACCAAUCCAUCAUCUCCAUUCACUUAACUAAACACUCUGGAGUGCAUUGGUUUUGCUUGUCACCUACACUGCAAAUAGCUCAGUGUGUAAAGAUUACGUGUAUGUAUAAAAUACAACUAAAGCAUUUUGUCGAAAUUAAAUGUAUGAUUUUAUCUAUCUAUACAGU